AUGUCCCUGCGUCUCGUGCCGCGCACGUCCGCGGCCUCCAGAGCGGCGCUCAGAGUACGCGGCACGUACUCUCCAUUGCAGUUCGUGCUGGCGCGACCGCUCAGCACGCCGCCGCCUUCGACCGAUCCGCGUCGCGACGUAAAAAAUCACACGCCAGGACCGUUAUAUAAGCGGGUCGCGGACGCGUGGAGGACCACGCCGACAAAGUGGUACCCGCUUCCGUGGUUCGUCGGCGCGUGCCUGCUAGUGUUCCUCCAGUACAGACGGAACGCGAGGGCGAGCAAGGACGUCGAGGUCGACGAGGACGGCGAGCAUGUCGUCAGGUUGAGGGGGCCGUGGCAGGUCCACAUCCUCGGCGCGCUCCCCCUCCGCAACAUGUCCCGAAUCUGGGGCUACCUCAACUCGCUCGAGCUCCCCGUCUGGUUCCGGCCCAUCGGCUUCCGCCUCUACGCCUGGGCCUUCGGCUGCGACCUCUCCGAGCUCGCGGAGCCCGACCUGCGCUCCUACCCCUCCCUCGGCGCCUUCUUCUACCGCGCCCUCAAGCCCGGCGCGCGCCCCAUCGCCGACGCGCCCUUAGUGUCUCCGGCCGACGGCACGGUGCUGCACUUCGGCAUGGUGCAGGGCUCGCGCGUCGAGCAGGUCAAAGGGCUGACGUACUCCCUUGAUGCAUUACUCGGUGUGGAGAGGCCAGACGGCCGCGCGUCCACGUCCCGCGUGGCGUUCCCAGAGCGCGAGCUCGGCGCCGUGUCCGACGAGGAAUUCGCGAACGUGAACGGGAUCGAGUACUCGCUCGACCAGCUCCUCGGCACGUCCUCGCCCUCCACGCCCUCCACACCGACCGAGACCACACCAUUGCGGAACGACUUCCCGGCGGACCUCGAGGCGUACCAGCGCCACCCGCCGCCCAAGCGCGCCGGGGAACGCGUCGACGCGAGCGUGGCAAGCGGGCAGCCGGCCAGCGAGACCGUCGCGGAGCACGUGACCGUCGCGCGCGAGCUCGGCGUGCGCGCCGCUUUGGACCGCGGGCACGGGUUGAGGCCGCGGCCGGGCAAUGCAUUGUUCUUCACGGUCGUGUAUCUCGCGCCGGGGGACUACCAUCGGUUCCACAGCCCCGCGGCGUGGGUCGUGGAGAAGCGAAGACAUUUCACGGGCGAGCUGUUUAGCGUGAGCCCGUACAUUGCGCGGCGGCUCGAGAACCUGUUCGUGCUUAAUGAGCGCGUGGCGCUGCUGGGGCGGUGGCGGUACGGCGCGUUCAGCAUGAUCCCCGUGGGCGCGACGAAUGUCGGGUCUAUAAAGAUAAACUUUGAUAAGGAGUUGCGGACGAAUGUGCGUGUUAGGCGGGGGGAGGGGAGGCAGAGGCCGGGGACGUACGAGGAGGCGGUGUACGACGGCGCGAGCCAGUUGCUGCAUGGGCAGCCGCUGCGGCAGGGCCAGGAGAUGGGCGGGUUUUGUCUGGGGAGCACGGUCGUGCUUGUGUUUGAGGCGCCCGCGAGCUUUGAGUUUGCGGUAAGGGCGGGGGAGAAGGUGAGGGUUGGGGAGAGGCUGGGGGGCGUGCGGGAGAAGGAGGAUUAG